AUGGAUCCUGUCAGCGCGCUUUCAGUAGCAGCUGCUGUCGUCCAGUUUAUUGAACUCGCCGGCAAACUUGUUAACACGUAUUGCGAAGUCCGGUCCGCCGCCAAAGCAUCCGUCGCCUCCAGGGCUCAAGACAAGCUAAAAAGCCUGGGCUCGAGCUAUCCCCGCCAUGUGGAAUCACUGCUCCGCCUUACGACCGAAGUUGUCAGUGUCGAGUCGAAAAUCGAGUCUGCCAUGGCGAAGUUGACGGUGAACCCUAGGAAGUAUGAAACACACUCGAGAACUCGAGCGUUGGUAGCGAUCAGGACUUUUUGGUCGGAAGCCGAGUUCAAACAGUGGAAUCAGCAACUCGACAGGAUUCGGGAUCAGGUUAUGAUGAAUGUUUUGAUGUGUGUUUGGGACGAGACUAGAAAAUUCGAUACUCGGGCCGAACACAUUCUUCAAGCUGUGGAGCGUAUCGAGAAAGCGAUAGAUACCCGCAACAGCCUUUCAGAAGGCUUGUCCGAUACUGCAACAACCGUGGAUAGCAUAGGACCAGCGCCAGUCCAGACUCCGAUCGAUGAGCAAAAGUCCUUUGAAGCAGAAAUUCUCCGCAGCCUCAAAUAUGAUGAGAUCAAAAAUCGCGCCAGCAGCAUCAAAUCAGCGUUUCCAGACACGUUCCAGUGGAUAUUUAAGGACAACCGGCAUGGUUUUCAGAAAUGGCUGAUAUCCCAGGAUAAAUCCAUUUUCUGGAUCACUGGAGUGCCGGCUUCCGGAAAGAGUACCUUGAUGAAGUUUAUCAUAGAACACCCUAAGCUGAACGAGCUGCUGAAAACAUGGGCGUGCGUGCCAGAACAGCUUCUACGUUGCCAAAUUCUAUUUCUGGAAUCCCGGCUCGACAAUCCAGAAAUCGCGAGUCGGCCUACUCCGGUCGUUGCUGUUUCAGCUGCUCUUUCGUAG